AGUCGUCCGGUGGAUCUUGACGGGAACAGAUGUAAUUUGCGUGUCGAGUCUGUGAAACGAAACGCCGGCGAGCCGGUCGCAAUAAUAGUUUUUAUCAAUUUUUAUUCACAAACGGAUAGAAUUAUCACAUCUCGCCCAUCGGAAUUCGCUGGUUGCACAUUUGGUCACGCGGCUUCAGUAUUCGUUCACUGCCGUUGCAGCCUUACUCAUAACCUGUUAUCGUUCCAUAUAAACUAUAAAAGAAGAUAACGUAACUUCAAGAAUAACAUUUAAAGAGGGCAACGCGAGAUCUAAGGAAAUAUGUCUACUGCUUUACUAGCUGUGUUUGCCGUGAUCCUGUGUAUUCUAUUCAGAAUAUUGAACGUGAACAGCUCACCACAAAGACCCCUUCUCGUCUGCAAAGAUCAAUCAUUCCUGUCAACAAUGUUGAAGAUCGCGCCGGUCAUUGCCGAACCAUACAAACCAACGAGGUUGUGGGGUUUCAGCGGACACGUACAAACUAUUAUUCACAGUGUCAUAGGGCGCGUUCGGUGCCCUUGGCCCAUUGGUGAACGCGUGUACAUCGCUCUUUCGGAUGAUACUACUCUUUCGUAUGAUCUCUAUCAGCCGCUGACCAACGGACAUGAAGAUGACAUAACGAUAGCUAUCUGUCCCGGUAUCGGCAACAGCUCGGAAAGUGUUUACAUCAGGACAUUCGUGCAUUUUGUACAAUGUCAUGGCUAUCGAUGCGCAGUACUUAAUCACGUAGGAGCCCUUUCCAGUGUCAAGAUCACAGCACCAAGGAUAUUUUCUUACGGUCACACGGACGAUUACAGCACAAUGUUACAAAAUCUGAUAGAAAAGCAUCCUAAUACCAAAAUAGUUUGCAUCGGUUAUAGUUUGGGCGGUAAUUUAGUGACAAAAUAUCUCGGAGAACGAGGUCCCAAUAAAUUGCCCAACAUUAUAGGAGGAAUAUCGAUUUGUCAAGGAUACAACGCUCUCGAAGGAACGAAAAUUCUAUUAAACUGGCAGAACUUUAGACGCUUCUAUCUCUAUGUAAUGACAGAGUCGAUGAAGAAUCUUAUACUAAAGCAUAAAAACAUGCUUUUGUGCGAAGAUGUAAAACAGAGGUAUAAUUUGAACGAACACGAUAUAAUUUCUGCGGCAACAUUACCCGAAUUAGAUGAAGCGUACACGAGAAGAAUACACAACUUUAGAUCUGUACAAGAAUUAUAUAAAUGGAGUAGUUGUAUCUUUUAUUUGGAUAAUAUUACAACGCCGAUGGUAUUCAUCAACGCGAUAGACGAUCCUAUCGUGCCAGAAGUAUUAUUAAAUCCAAUUAAAGAGCACGCAGCAAAUCAUUUAAACACAUUAUAUGUGGAAUUGGCUCACGGAGGUCAUCUAGGUUUCUACGAAGGAGGUUUUCUGUAUCCUAAUCCUAUAACAUGGCUGGAUCGAACCCUAGUAUCUCUCGUUGGAUCUUUGACUCUAGCGCACGCGGAUAAGGCUCUUAAAACUUCUUAAUUUAAUUGAGCUUGGUUAACAUAUUUGUAUUAUUGGGCAUAGAUUGGCAACGCGUCAUAUACAUUCUAAUCUUGUUGUGAGAUCUGUCAAAGAGAUCUGCACUUGACUCACGUUCGAAAUUUGCGAAGAAAAUGUAUGGAGAAUAGAGACGACAAAUUUAAAUUAGUAAAAAUAUUUGAUAUUUAAUUGAGUCAUUUCAUGAAAUGAAAUAGACAAGGUUGCAUCUUUUUAUACAGGUAAUACAGGGAAAUAAGUGAUAGGUGUGAUUGUAAAAUAACAAACGUUUGCUCACACUGAUAUUUCCAAAAUUGCAGUUUCGGAAUUCCAGAUAAAUUUUAAAUAUUGCGCGACUUUUUAUAGUUACAGUAAGUGGAAUUUUUGUUAUUAUACAAUUUCAUAUACAAUCAAAAUCAGAUGGCUUAAUCUUUCAAAAAAGAAAACAAAGAAAAAAGAAAUAAAUAAAUUUUGCAUGUUUUACUAAAUACUAACGCUUCUUUCUCAGGGAUCUUCUAUAGGACGACGAUUCAAUGACAAGACCUUUAAUGGUCGUUAACACAUUGUUAGAACUGCUCACUGUAUAAACGAUUAUUAUGAUACACACUGUCAGUUCAAUGCAAUACAGAGUAUCUUGUGUACUUUUCACUGAGAAGAACUUGUGUAUUUAUGUACAAUAUAUGUAAUAAUGUAGGCUAAAUAUUUACAUAAAACAUUGAUAAUCGCAUUCUGAUUGCAUUCUAAAAUUAUUAGCUUUAUCGAUAUGAGAAAUUCGCCAUAUAUUGCAUAUGUGGGGAUAUACUAUGUAUAUUGCUUAUUAAAAUCCAUGACUGGGUGAUAACGUUAGAUUUACAAAGAAAUCUAUUAAAUCACAAAUUCAAUUUAUGUAAGUCUAAAAUUUCGUAAAUGUACUUGAGUGUAUAUACACCAAACUUUGUAAAUAAUACUUUUCUAAACUAGAAUUAUAUGUAGCAAAUUUUUUUUUUAUAAAGUCAAUUUAAAAAAUUUACAAAUUUAACCUUAUUACCAGUGGAUUAAUAGAUAGUAAAUUUGUAUAUUGCAAAUUUGUAUAUAAAUUGUAUGUUUGUAUAUUGGAUAAGAAGUGUUUAUGAAAUAAUCUAUAAAAAUGCAAUAGGCCAUAAAUGAUAUAUUGAUGCAGAGAUAUACUAAGUGACAUAUUACAGGAUAUUAUAUCGCACAUUAAAUUGAUAGUAUAUAAUACCAGGAUCUGCAAUUAUGUAAUUUGAUAUAUUCUUAGUACUAUGGUGCAUAUUGAUGAAAAUAUAUAAUGUUUAAUCCAUUAUGUUCCAUAUGAUGCAUAUAAAGUAUUUUCUUCGUCCAUAAAAUGUAAUAAAUUUUGAUUCUAUAUGGAAUAUAAUAGAUUAAAAUAUGCUGCAUCAGAUUGUACACAUAUUUUAUAUUUGAUGCAGAGAUAAAAAAAUUAAACAUUUCUUAAAUCAUCAAUAUGAGUCCAUAUCGAUAAAGUUAAUGUGCAAUAUGCAAUAAUUUCUUAUGCUAGACAAUAUAUUUUAAUCGAUACAUUUAUAAAUUGCUACAUAUUUAUGUAUGAUCGCAUGGCUUAACUGAUAUUUAUUUUCUACUAGAAUUGAUAAUGAUUUCUCAAACGGUACUAUAGGUAACAUUAAUAAUGGCUAUAUGUACAAUUUUAUUUAACCGUGCGAUGUAAUUGACUACGUUUUUACUCAAACUAUUUAUAUGACGCGAGUGAUGUAUAAUUUACACGCGAUUGAAUCAUAAUUUCGCGUAUUUAGAAUAAGGAUUUAAUUUGUUGAUUUAUUCCGGCAAGUUUCGGUCCAUAAUACUAUAGAUAAUGCAAGCAUUUAUAUCUAGAAUCAAACAUUCGAGUAAAUUCGCUUUCUAAUCACAUGGAAGCAAUCGCCGUAAAUAAGUCGAUAUCAAAUUGUAAUGUAUCGAAUAUUGCACCAUAUUUGUGAGUUUUAUUUGUACAAUUCACGUAAAGAAAAUAACGAAAGACAAUAAGACAUAAAAUACACACGAAUAAAAUUUACGAAUAAUGCUUUUGAUUAAAAUAUUUUAUGGCAAGAAUUAGAUAUGAUGAAAUCUCUUUAGAUAUAUGAUAUGUAUUUAUUUUUCACUAUUAUCUCAUAAAUGGCCUUUUUUUAAUUUGACCAAUUCUUUUUUUAUGAGCAAUUUCCUCUGCAUUUUCAUACUAUAUUGACAUUAGCACAAAUAUACAGAGUAAAUCACACUAGAAACUGCCAUUUUUAAAUCUGAUGUUUUAUGGAAAAUAAAUACUGGAUAAAAUAUUAUACAUUUUAUAACAUAACAUAAUAUCGAAAUAAAUUAUAAAUAUUUGUACAUUAUUGAUUUUUUUAAUGAUUCUGUCUUAAUACUUUUUAAUGUAGAAUGAUGAGAAGAAUCGACUUAUAUAUCAAAAAACACAUAUCUUUGUUUAAAAAGACAAAAAUGAAAAUUAGAAAUCUCGAGAUCUUUAUCUGGAACAAACUGAGUUAUCAGAGAAAGUUUCUUUUGAAACCAAGUAACUUUUAUCUUAUCAGAAAUACUUUUCCAUAAAAUAUUUUAAUAUUUUAGAAUUUAUUGAAGAUGAUUUUAAGUGAUUAUUUUUUAUAUAUUGAUGAUAUCAAUAGUACAUCUACAAUACUCAAAAUACAACAUUAACGAAAUUUGAUGUAUGUUAAAUAUAUUACGAUACUGUGAGUAAAAAAUUUUAGGCGUUUAAAAAAUCACAAAAAUACAGAUUUCAAUGUUUCUUCAGCUAAAAUUAGUCAAAGGUAAUUCUAUAAAGCAUUCAAGAAAUAAAUAAAAAAGAAUACUUAUUAAUAUGUGCAGUUAAAUUAAGAGUUACUCUAACAAUAAACAAGCAACGACGAUUCAAUAUGUAAUAUCAUCGUUAUAUCUUUUUACAGCUGGAUUGUGUGAUAUACGUAAUUUAACAUAAUUAUAUUGACAUGUUAGAAAGUUGAACAAUUCCUCGCUUUUACUAAUUUCUUUUUGUGUUGCGAUAUGAACUGCAUUUAUAAACGAAUAUUGAUCAAAAAUAACACGUGCAUUUUUGUAAUUAACGUAAUAUUAAAUGAUGAAAAGAGAGAGAGAGAGAGAGAGAGAGAGGUUUGUAUAACAGAAUGUAUGUUUUAUUUGCAAUUUCAUGUAAUUAUAUGAAAUCCUUUAUGUAACACACACAUAUGCGCGCGCGCAUAUACACAUAUUCACGCAUACAUAUAUGAAAAAACACUUAGGAGUAGAAAAAAGAUAUAUAUAACAAUAUUUGAAUUAAGAUGCAAUAUGCUCUUCUUAUUGAGUUUACGAGAAAGAAAGUUUCUUAUCUCUCGUUACUAUUCAAUUUAUGUGUGCGAUCAAAUGCGAUCCUCUUAUGAGAUAUCGUGAUUAUUACAGCUACCUACGAUAUAGCUUAAUGCGUUCACUGUCCCUAAUAGAAAUAUGUAGUUAAUAAAGAACGAGUGAGAGAAGUAUGCUUAUACAUUUUCGGAUAGUGUUAUAAACUAUUUUUUCCGAAUAAUCAGUAAUUGGCACGUUUAUUGUCUGGAAAUGUAAAUGUAUCCUUCGCUUGUAUCUAUCUGAAACCGCAUUGAUUUAAGUCAGCAACAAUGUAUACGUAGUAACUUAGAAUUUACGUGACUCAAUUUAGCUUAAUUUAGUUGAAGGAAUGUUUGUUUUCACGUUCUUAUCUUACGCAGUGCUACGCAUUGCAGAGAAGUGAAUCAAAUAAUAUAGAAUGCCAUAUCUUCUUUAUCAAAAAUUUCCGUGAUUUAUGAGAUUUUGUGAUAAUGUGAAAAAAUAAUAUUGCCUAACUAAAAUGUGUUUACGAAAGCAUAAAUGCCUUUAGAUUGACGAGUAACAUAAUGAAUAAUCGAUUUUGGUUUUAAUUUGUACAAAAAUUCUAAUAAUAGCCGAGGAAGUUGAUUCUUUCUUUUAACGGAUUUUUCCUAAAGGUAUUUUUGCAAUUUACAUUUUAUGAAUGUAUUUAAACUAUUUGCACUUGGAUGUUGUGAAUAACGACCUAAUACCACUUACCUAAUACUACUUAUCUUUAUAAAAAGACUGUAAUGUUUUGUAAAUCAUGUAUGUAAGAAAAUAUGACAUUUUAAAACAUUGCGUUGAAAGAUAUUUUUUUUUAUCGGGAUUUGAGAUAAUCAAGUUUUUGAAAUUUUACAUAAGAAUGUCUCCUUAAAUCAUUUGUAAUUUGUAUGCAGCGUUAAACGAAGGAGAAUAAAACAUGACGACUUUUGUACAUGAUUCGGAAUUCCCGGAUUUCCCGUUCGAGAUGCUACGCAGAGAUGAAUCUCGUUAGGUCACGUAUAAUAAUGCAGACUAUUUUGUAUAACGAUUCAAUAUAUGUAUCGUGUGGCGUAACGAUCUUUUUUAUCAUUAUUUACCUUUAAUCCAUUUGUAACACGUUUAGUCGAAUGUAUUUAUUCCUUAUGAUCUUUUAAUUGCGCAACUAGAAAGAGAGAGAGAGAGAAACUUGCUCUAAUUAAUAAUAUAAUCUAUA